UCAGCGGGCAGUGCUGAGGACUGGUGACGUCUCGUAUCGCAGGGCCAGAGGCGCGGUGUGUGUUUGUUGGCGGUGCGGGGGGAGCGGGCUCCAUGGUGGUGGGUGUCUCGGAGGGGAGCCGGUGUCAGCCCGGGAUCGCCGAUGGUUAGACAAAGGAGUGCGGAAAGCUGCGUGCGGCCCGGGAAAACGCUGCUACUGGAUGUUUCUAAAGCCCAGCUGUGACUUCCACAGAUCUUCUGUUAGGGAUAGGAGAUCUAUAAAGGUUUACCAAAUCCUAUUAGGGGGGAAAAGUAAGAAGAAUAAAAUACAGACAUUGGAAGGAUGCCUUACAUUUUUUUUUUUCCUUGAUCAUUGACCUCAAGUCUGGAUAACUGUACUCAAAUCAAUUUUUCAUUGAUCCGUGAAGAGUAGCACCCUGAAAUGCUUUGAAGAUACAUAUCGUCAUUUGAACAAAAAGCAGUUCUAAAGUAAACUGGCAAACUCCCCAACAAUUAACACCAUGAACAGUUUGUCACAAAUGCAAAUGCUUGAAAAGUACAACUGUGAAAAGUGCAGAUUUUCAACAAAGGAUCCGAACAAGUACAACAUCCACAUAGCUCUUCACAAUGAGAUGAAAUAUGUUUGUUCGCACUGCAAUUUUGAGUCCUACACCAAAUCUGAAUUUCAAAGACACCUGGUGUCGCACAGUGGAAAGUUUCCAUAUACCUGUGAGUACUGUGGCUAUGGGGCCAUUAGAAAUGACUACAUUGUAAAACACAUUAAAAGAAUUCAUGGUGAUGGCAAGAUUCCGUGCUCGGUGAGCACUUUGGAAAACGAUUCCAAAAACACUUCUGUUAACAUAGUACAAACACAAAUCCGAAACGGCCUGCAAGAGAUUCUGCCAAAUAACACAAACCUUAUAGCCAAAAACCUUUUAGACCUCCCAAGUGAGGUGGAUAAUGCCAUGUUUAAUAAUGGCUCUCAUUUGAAUAGAAAUAAUAAUCCAAAUGCAGAUCAAGUGGAAGUGGAAGUCAUUUCACCAACAGACCAACAACUCUGUCCUUGGAUGCCAUUAACCGUUGUUGCACCACCAUCGUUCAGGGUACCAGACAUCUGUUUUGCUCAGGUUGUAGAAGUGAAGCCUGCCAAUGGUACUUGCUAUUUAGUAUUAAAAUGUUUAGAGGUGACUGAUUUAAAUGGGACAAAAAUUUAUCCCCCAAAGGAAAAAAAUGUACCUGAACAAAAUGCUCCAGGACCUAUAGUUAGAUUGGAAAACCGCAUAGGGUCUUCAAAUGGCUCUUCAUUACCACUCUGUGGCACGGAAAGUCUAUUGGCCACAAAAAAUACGGUUGCUCUAAUUCAUGAAAACCCUCCCAGCUUAACCAGUCAACCUAAUGGCUUAACCAGUCAACCUAAUGGCUUAACCAGUCAACCUAAUGGCUUAACCAGUCAACCUAAUAAUGAAAUUAUCAACGCUCUGGAUGAAGUUACCAAUGAUCUUUUUGAUGAAACUGAGAUUUCAGAUGGACCCAUUAUAUCAUCUGUGUUUUCUCUUAGUUCUGGUUCCCAAAAUGCCAUUGAAGGUAUACAAUGGGAAAGUCCCAUUGUUGUCACCAACACAAAUGCAUCAAAGAAUAUUGUGGAUACUACUUUAUCUUUCAAUGGUAUGGAAGGUCAAGGUGGACCCAAGGUACUUGAUGAAGCAAAAUCACAGGUGGAAAUUGAGGCUUUCCGUGAACAGAGAGCUGUUCUGGAAAGUGAACUGCCUGAAACAAACAAAAUGGAGGUGAAAAACACAGGUUCUGAAAUACAGUUGCCCCCUAACCAGCCAGUAUUGCCAUAUAUCAAGAACAUUGAAAGCCAGACAUUUGCCUUUACUCUAAACAACCAGAUUGGAGGGCGUAAAGUAAAGCGCCUCAGUACAAAAGAGACAAAUCUGUUUAGUAAUCCUCAGACUCUCUUUUUAUCUUAUGAUAAAAGAAUAGUUAUGCAGCCACUUUCCUAUGUAAUGCAAACUUGGCACAGAGUGAGUAGGGAAAAUGAACUUGUCCAACUUAAAGUGAAAAGCCAGAGUGUCAAACCAAAGAGGAAAAUUCUUACCAAAAGGUUUGCAGCUCCGGCGUUGAAAACUCUUAGACUCUGUCCUGUUAAGGCUAAUCAGCUGACAAAGAUGCCACACAAAAACCAGCCUGUAGUUGUUCUUAACCAUCCAGAGAUGGAGUCAAUAGAAGCCUCUUCUAUAAUGAAAGCAAUUAGUUUGUUUAAAGGCAUGGUUUUAAAAGUAUCCUUAUCUAAACAGACACGUAGGAAAAUUAUCUGAAUAAAAAUAACCUGGAUGGGAUUCUAAAGGUGAUAUGCUUUAUAUUUUAGCACAUGCUUUUGGACACUUGUUAAUUUUACGGUGGGGCUCAUGUAUGAAAUUAUAAUACAGGAGACAUUUCUUCUUGUUUUGA